AUGAGACUCCUCCCGCUCCUAGUGGGUUUUUCCACUUUGCUGAAUUCUUCCUACACUCAAAAUUGCACCAAGACACCUUGCCUUCCAAAUGCAAAAUGUGAAAUACGGAAUGGAGUUGAAGCCUGUUACUGUAACAUGGGAUUUUCAGGAAAUGGUGUCACAAUUUGUGAAGAUGAUAAUGAGUGCGGAAAUUUGACCCAGCCCUGUGGUGAAAAUGCCAACUGUACUAACACAGAGGGAAGUUACUACUGUAUGUGUGCCCCCGGUUUCAGAUCCAGCAGUAACCAGGACAGGUUUAUCACUAAUGAUGGAACCAUCUGCAUAGAUAUAGAUGAGUGCAGUGAAUCAGCUGCCUGUGGAGAUCAAGCACUGUGUGAAAAUGUGGAUGGUGGGUAUAAUUGCUCCUGCAAGGAAGGUUAUCAGACAUCCACAGGAAAAGCACAGUUCACACCUAAUGAUGGCACUUACUGCCAAGAAAAUGUGAGUGCGAACUGCCAUCUAGAUAAUGCCUGUAUUGCUGCAAAUAUUGAUAGAAUGUUAACAAAAUUUAGACACAUAAAGGAACCUGUGGCUUUGCUACAAGAAGUCUAUAGAGAUUCUGUGAAAGAUCUUUCACCGAUGGAUAUAAUUACAUAUAUAGAAAUAUUAGCUAAAUCAUCCCCAUUACUGGGUGCCAUGAAUAGCACUAAUUCAGCCAAGGACACCCUUUCUAAUUCAACUCUUACUGAAUUUGUAAAAACUGUGAAUAAUUUUGUUCAAAAGGACGUAUUUAUAGUUUGGGACAAGUUAUCUAUGAAUCGUAGAAGAACUCAUCUCACAAAACUGAUGCAUGCUGCUGAACAGGCUACCUUAAGGAUAUCUCAGAACUUCCAAAAGACCACUCAGUUCGAUACUAAUUCAAGUGAUAUAGCUCUCAAAACUUUCUUUUUUGAUUCAUAUCACAUCGAACAUACUCAUCCCUAUAUGAAUGUGGAUGGAGAUUAUAUAAAUAUAUUUCCAAAGAGAAAAGCUGCAUAUGAUUCAUAUGGCAAUGUUGCAGUUGCAUUUUUAUAUUAUAAGAGUAUCGGUCCCUUGUUUUCAUCAUCUGACAACUUACUGGAACCUCAAAGUUCUGAUAAUUCUGAAGAGGAAGAAAGAGUCAUUUCUUCAGUGAUUUCUGUCUCAAUUAGCUCAAACCCACCCACGUUGUAUGAACUUGAAAAAAUAACAUUUACAUUAAGUCACAUGAAGACCACAGAUAAGUAUAGGAGUCAAUGUGCAUUUUGGAGCUACUCGUCUGACAUGAUGAAUGGCAGCUGGUCUUUGGAGGGCUGCAAGCUGCUGUCCUCAAAUGAGACCCACACCUCAUGCCGCUGUAACCACCUGACACAUUUUGCAAUUCUGAUGUCUUCUGGUUCUUCCAUUGGUAUUAAAGAUUAUAAUAUUCUUACAAGGAUCACUCAACUAGGAAUAAUUAUUUCACUGAUUUGCCUUUCCAUAUGCAUUUUUACCUUCUGGUUCUUCAGUGAAAUUCAAAGCACCAGAACAACAAUUCACAAAAAUCUCUGCUGUAACCUCUUCCUUGCUGAACUAGUUUUUCUUGUUGGGAUCAAUACAAAUACUAAUAAGCUCUUCUGUUCAAUCAUUGCCGGGCUGCUGCAUUAUUUCUUUUUAGCUGCCUUUGCAUGGAUGUGCAUUGAAGGCAUCCACCUCUAUCUCAUUGUUGUGGGCGUCAUCUACAACAAGGGCUUUCUGCACAAGAAUUUUUAUAUCUUUGGCUAUCUCAGCCCGGCUGUGGUAGUUGGAUUUUCAGCAUCAUUGGGAUAUAGAUAUUAUGGCACCACCAAAGUAUGUUGGCUUAGCACAGAAAACAACUUUAUUUGGAGUUUUAUAGGACCAGCAUGUCUAAUCAUUCUUGUUAAUCUCUUGGCUUUUGGAUUUAUCAUAUACAAAGUUUUUCGUCACACUGCAGGGUUGAAACCAGAAGUUAGUUGCUAUGAGAACAUAAGGUCUUGUGCCAGGGGAGCCCUUGCUCUCCUAUUCCUCCUUGGCACCACCUGGAUCUUUGGGGUCCUCCAUGUUGUGCACGCAUCAGUGGUAACAGCUUACCUCUUCACCAUCAGCAAUGCCUUCCAGGGGAUGUUCAUUUUCUUAUUCCUGUGUGUCUUAUCUAGAAAAAUCCAAGAAGAAUAUUAUAGAUUGUUCAAAAAUGUCCCUUGUUGUUUUGGAUGUUUAAGAUAAAAAUAGAGAACUAUGGAUAACUUUUGCUACACAUAAAAAAG